UGUUGUUGUAAGUUUGAGAAUGCGCAUGCUGACGUCUGAUCUGAUGCGACAGUUUGCUGUAUGGUACCUACGGCAAGUGACUACAAUACAAACUUAGUGCGGCCUAUUUCUCUCCUCCGUAGGUAGAGGGAUUAAUCCGAAGAGCAUUCACCAUGAAAACAUGAAUCCAGGAAACUUUAUCUACAUCUUACUUUUCACUGCUGCUGUUAAUUCAUGUCGAUCAGAACACAGUCAACAGGAAAUUACAUCUUACGUGCAGAAGAAUGUCACUCUGUCCUAUAACAUACAUGUACCAACUGAUGUGAAUGAAUGCACAUUUCACGUUGAAUAUGAUAAUGUGAUAUUCUACAAAAAUGGUACUUUUAUAAAGUCGGAAAAUUAUGCACUUGGGAAACAAAAAAGAUCCCAAUUAAAAGCGACACGUGUAUUUCAGUCUUUUCAAGUAACUUUGGAAUUGCAUCGUCUUCAUGAGUUCGACGCAGGCGUGUAUGGUUGUUGUAUCCAGUGCGAAGAGUCUCAUAGCUCUCAAAGUUACCUGCUCCUUAUAAAUCAUCCUCCAAAACCAGCUGACUGUAUAUGGAUUGAUACACCACCCAAUCCCUACCUUGAUCUUGGAUCUUACAAUCUUUCCAUUCUGUAUUGCAAAGCAAUAAACGGCCACCCAACAUCGGGAAUAAUUUGCUUUUCACAGGACAAGCAGAAAACGUCGGUACAUGCUCCAAAGCAUCUCACUGGGGUUGACAUCAUUGAAGCAACUUUUGUGCUUUCCAUGAAUGCGGAUAUUAGAUGCUGUUCAAUAAGUUCGCUUUACCAACAAAACUGGGAUUCUUGCAACGAUUUUAAUGCACUUUCUACUAGUCACCAACCUCAGUCUACGUUGAAAAGUCGAUUGUCUAAAGAGGUAAACGAUAGUAAGAUUGUUAUUACCACUGCAUACGAAGAGAAAACAACCAAGAGUACAAUCACCAAGUCUGUAUCAAACACUUCUUCUGUGAUAGAUUCACCUUCAAUAUUAGUUAGCAUAAUUGUUGUUUUUGUCGUUAGGUAUUGUUGUAUAAUAGGGAUUGUUUUUAUGUGAAAUAUGGGGUUCAGCAGCAAACACGCCUCCAACAUGAGCAAGGGAAAGGCGAGGUUAUAUAUUUGUUUGGAAUUAUUCAUUGUUUUGUAUAUUCAAGGCUUCUUUUCACCAGUUGAGUCUGUAAACCUGGUAAGUUUAAAGGAAGGCGAGGCUGCAGAUCUAUCAUUUCAAUAUGAUUAUGUACCGGACGUAGACAUUCAGAUUAGAAUUGGAUACCGAACCCCUUUCUACAGACUUAAAAUAUCAAGUGAAAUUGAUAGGGCUGGAUUAAGUGAGAGUCAGGCAGAACGAUUUGAUGUCACAAUAAGUGAACCUGUACCCAAUUACAUGAUUGUAGUUCGUGUGAACAUAGCAGAGGUUCGGAGAGAAGAUGCAGGCACUUUUACAUGUGCUAUGUAUAACGAUGGUGUAAUAUUAAGAGACCGUACAAAGAAAAUAGGGGUAACUGUAGAGCGUCUCCCUGGAAAGGCACUAUGUAGGCUCGAACCAAAUUAUAUCGAUUCCAGUUUUACAAUUUGGGCACUUCUAAAAUGCGUUGCACCAGUCGGUAGUGAACGUGGUCAAGUUGAAUGCCACCAAAGUGGUGAACGGGUGCCCCCUUGGUCAAGGCCCUUACAGAACGAAACCACUUUG